AUGGCGACGGUGCCUGAUCUCACCCCCAUCCAGCUGGCAUUUACGGAAGCCGUUCGCCAGUUCAAGUCCAAGCUCAAGAACGAUCAAUUGUACGCCGAUAUCCUGAAAACAAAAUCCAUCGACGAGGUCUAUGAUAAAACGGAUGCGCUUCAAAUUGAGCUAGGGAAACAGGGACGAAUUCGGAACCUCUCGAAGAUUAGACCUUUUCUUGAAGGGCUCCGAAGCUAUGCAGACGUUAUCGAUACCUUCAUCCAAGUCAAGCCUGAUGUGCUUGCGCUGAUUUGGGGUCCAAUCAAGUUGCUUAUUCAAUGGACGGCUUCACUAACCCAGUCCAUGGACGCCAUUAUCAAUACAGCAGCCGAAAUCGGUAGCUUGUUGCCCGAUUUCAAACUCAUGGCUACAAUGUUCGGCUAUAAUGAACACAUAAAAGACGUCCUUGUCCUAUUUUUCAGAGAUAUCCUCGAUUUCUACGCUGUGACUCUAAAGUUUUUUACAUCCCCUCACUGGCGAUUCAUGUUCGAGGCCGUAUGGCCAUCACAGAAAGACAGAAUAAAACUCAUAAUCGACAACAUUGGGCGAAGCACAAAUUUAAUGAGGACCAAAGUUACCUUGGAACAUAUCCGGGAAGAGUAUGAGCACAGACAACGCGCUUCUGCCCAUUUUAAGGCAACGCAAAAGAGUAACAUGCGUCAAGAAUAUAAUGUCAUUAAGACUGAUAUAUCUCCUCAGUCAUAUGGUGCUGAUCUGUAUCGGAUACGAGGUCAAGUAUGCGCGGGAACGGGAAAUUGGCUGAAACAAGACAGUGAUUUCAAGAAGUGGCUAGACGUGGAUGAUGACUCAACAAGGAUGCUAUGGCUAUGUGGUAUCCCAGGAGCAGGGAAAACUCACCUAGCCAGUAUGGCCAUUGACUACGUUACUUCGACCAAGACUAUAUUCGCUUUCAUCAGCCAUACCAACAAGAACACAACUUCCGCAUUGUCAGUUAUGCAUUCUUUAAUAUUUCAGUUGGCUUCAGAAGAUGAACGUCUUCAAGCAGUUCUUUGUGGCUCGAGUAGAAAACGGUUAAGCAAUAACCUUGAAGUUGCUGUUGGAGUCAUGCAGACGCUACUUAACUCUACUGAUCCGGUUAGCAUCAUCGUUGAUGGAGUUGAUGAGAUUGAGAGCUUCGAAAGAGCGAGGCUCCUUAAGAACCUUUGCGAUAUAACUACAGUCUGCACGAAGACUCGUUUGUUCAUAAGCAGUCGAGCUGAGCACGAUAUCUCGGCAAUUCUUAGCCAAAUAUCAUCAACAAUUCGGGUGGAUACACACAAUAUGACAAGUAUCCAAACAUUCAUCGAUAACUGGGCGAAAGACUGGUUUUCAGCUCGCGACUUUUUACCCGCAGACAAAUCAGAGAUUGAAGACCUCUUUAAGCCGCUGGCUUUAAAAGCGAAGGGAAUGUUUCUUUACGCCAGGAUCGUGCUAAACAGCAUAGAAGAGCUAGACAAUGUGGAUGAGAUUCGCGACGAACUCAGGGUGCUUCCAGAGAGUCUAGAUGAAGCAUACGAGAGAGUGUUCGCAAAAAUUGAGAAUAAGUCUAACGUUAUUAAAAAGAAGUGUAGACUUAUUCUCGGUUGGAUCAGUUGCUCACCUACUCCUCUAACAUUACCAGAGCUGGAGCAAGCUCUGGUAGUGACCAUCAGUGGUACAUACAGAGUCUCUUCACGACUGAACUUCAUUCGCCUUUGUGGUCCCAUAAUUGAGGUUGUGGGCGACCACCUUCAAUUUGUACAUUUCACCGUCAAAGAAGUUGAAUAUUACAUUGAUCCAAUCGAAGCGACCCUAAGCCUUACAAUUUGCUGUGUACAAUACCUGUGCCAGGAUCACCAUUCUCCCGAUAUUAGCAAUGAGGAUGUCAAAAUGGGCAUAGAAAGGGGCAAUUACAGACUGCAUUAUUACGCUGCAAACACUUGGCUCAAUCUGACAAUCCAAUAUCUGCGUUUGACUCGAUAUACAGACAUAUCGGAAGAGUUGAUCGCCGCCCUCACCAAGUUCUGCAACGAGAGAGGCAAGCCAGAAUGUUAUGGGCACGAAGAAUUGAAGGAGGAGCAGUAUCCAUCGGAGCUACAGCGAAUCAGAUCUCACGAUCCAAACCUUUUUGGCUUACUUCAGAGCUUUGCACAAUUCCAACAGAAAUCCUCAUCGUCCCUUUACAAUCUCGAAGAAGACCACUAUUGGAUUGGUCUGAGUCCCGUUACUACGUCAACUAUCUCAAAGAUGCUGUAUACACAAUUCGAUCAAUACCAGUGUGACCCGCAGCAACAUCCUGAUCAAUGCUUAUGCUCAACUUUGAGUUGGCAUUACGGCCAGCGAUUGUAUAAAUGCGACUUCUUUUCUUGCUCGUUUUACCAGCAUGGAUUUGAAACUCCAUCCGUCAGAGGCUCGCACAGAAAAUGUCACGAUGGCGCUUGGAAAUGCGAUGUUCCCUCAUGCCAAUACUCGAAGAUCGGGUUUCUAUCCAAAGCUAUGAGAGACAAGCACUUGAACUUCCAUAACGCAAAAUCCGAAGCUGAUGAGCCGAGUAACGAGACAUUGCUACCCAAUGUGGAUACUGAUGGGCUUCAACAUUUUCUGUUCGACCUUGUUUCAACUGACAAUGUAAAACUUAUCGAAAAGCUGCCACCCUUUUUCGAACAGCUUCCGGACGAGCGUAAGGAGGAAUUGCUAAACCUUGUUGCACAGUCCGGAACUGAAGCAAUGACGAGGUUGAUAUAUGAAAGAGCCGAGAAAUAUAUCAAUACCGACAUACUACAUCAGUUCCUGCUCGCUUGCAUAGAUGCACAAAAGCUCGAGUUCUUGACGUUUCUCAUGUCGGACAAUGCCAGCAAGAUUGUACAAAGGCUCAGAGAUGAAAGUUUGAAUAUCUAUUAUAACAUUAAUAAGCUUCUGGUUCAUUCGGUUGCAACAGGAUCGAUGGAACUGAUUCGGACCAUUGAGCGUUUUGUGGUUGAGUAUAAUGUGGAAAAACACCACCCUCUUUUAUCGAUAUAUUUGGAACCCGACAUGAUCAAAGCAACUGCACGAUGUUCAGAUCGGGAGGACUAUCUUAUCAACGCAUGGUCGACCCAUGGUCUUGCCAAUGUACCGUCUGCGAAAAUUUCCCGAUUACUAAUUACUAUUGCGGUAACAACAUGCUCUAUACGACUCGCGCAAGUAUUAAUCCAACACGGCGCUAUUGUAGAUUGGACACAAAAUAAAAACAGUUUUACGGCACUCGCUUCUGCCUCUUACACAGACUCUGCUGAAGCUGCAGAUUACACAAAAUUUCUGCUAUAUCAGGGAGCAGAUCCUAACGCUAGUAGGGGACUUGUCAGUUCGAGAGAUCCUGGCAUUACAUUAAAGUGGCUUGGUGUUUCCUGGGAUGAAUUGGUCCAAAAGGCUAAGGAAGAUAGGGAAAGGGGAAUUCAGUGGCCUUGA